AUCAGAUAAAACACAGCCUUUUUGGCAUCAAUCAUCACAGCUAUGAAGGCUCUCACACUUGUAACAUUUUCUUUUUAUUCAUCUUGCCUUUGGUUACUCUUUGCUUCAUCACUUUUCACCUUGUGUUCCUGUAAUCAGAACUCAGAUCAUAUACAAUGUAUAUCCACGGAACGAUUGGUGCUUAUCCAGUUCAAGAACAACCUGGUAGACCAUUCCAACCGCCUCUCUUCUUGGUCCGGCGACAACUGUUGCAGUUGGUCGGGUGUAGUCUGUGAUAACUUCACCCACCAUGUCCAGGAGCUUCACCUUCGUGGACCUGAUGAUGGUGAACGUGAAGAAGCAACAAAACAAAUGUUAGGAGGAAUCAUAAGUCCUUCUUUGAUCAAGUUGGAACAACUUCAAUACCUAGACUUGAGUUGCAACGAUUUUGAAUUCAGUCCAAUUCCAUCAUUCAUUGGCUCUUUUCAGAAUCUGAGAUAUCUUAACAUCUCAAUGUCGCAUUUUGGUGGGGAAAUUCCUCACCACCUUGGGAAUCUAUCGGAGUUGCUUUUUCUUGAUCUUCAUGAUGAUCCUAUGCUCGGUAAUCUUCGAUCAGAGAAUUUAAAAUGGAUAGAGAUGAAUCUGAAGCGCUUGCAAUACCUGGAUAUGAGUGGCAUCAACCUCACCGGAGCUUCAGAUCACUGGCUUCAGGCGAUCAACUCUCUACCUUCUUUGCAAGAACUGCAUUUUUGUUCAUGUGGUUUAUCUCAAAUUCCUAGUGACCCAACCAGAGUUAGUUUUACUUCCAUUAACGUCUUAGAUCUUUCGUAUAACAACUUCAACGGUUUGUUGCCUGGGUGGGUUUUCAGUCUUCAUGAUUUAGUUUCUUUAGAUCUUACUGGUUGCUUUAUUGGUGGUUUAAAUCCUGGAACUCGUCGUGGUUUCAAUAGUAUGCCUUCUUUGACGACUCUUCGUGUUUUCGGUAACACUUUUGUUAAUUCUUCUUCCAUACUAAACAGCUUGUCUAGCUUAAGUAAUCUCCGUUUUCUUGAUGCUGGUAACUGCAAUCUUACUGAUCCCAUUCUUUGCAACCUUCAAAUCCCGUCUUUGAAUAUUGUUCAUCUUGACUUAUCAAACAAUCAAAUCGUUGAAGUGAUACCAAAAUCUUUAAGUAAUCUUUGCAAUUUGACAACUCUUGAUUUGCAGUAUAACAAGUUUUUUGGUGAUGUGUCUGAGCUUCUUGAAAGAUUUUGUGAAUGUGAGUCACCUAAACUGGAGCUGUUAUCCUUACGUGGCAAUUAUCUCACUGGUCGACUACCAGAAAAGAUAGGAAGAUUGAAGAAUCUGGUCAGCAUUGAUAUUGCAUACAAUAGGUUAACAGGAAUUCUUCCACGUUCUUUAGGAAGUUUGUCACUCUUGCAGACAUUGCAGCUUAAUACAAAUCAAUUGGAGGGUUGGAUUCCAGAUUCAGUUGGUGAUCUAUCCUCCGUGAAAUUUUUUGAUCUUUCGUAUAACAAGUUGAAUGGAAGUCUUCCGAAAAGUAUUGGAAAACUUGGGAAGUUGAGUUUUCUGACUCUUCAUCACAAUUCAUUAACAGGUAUUGUGACGGAAGACCAUUUCGCGAAUCUAACAGAUUUGGACACUUUGUGGGUUGGGGACAAUAAGUUAGCGUUUGACCUAGUCAACACCUGGAUUCCACCUUUUCAACUCAAUGUGCUGAGUUUAGGUUCUUGCAAUUUGGGCCCACUUUUUCCUUUGUGGGUUCAAUCGCAAACAAGCUUGGAACAAUUGGAUUUAGCAAACGCAAACAUUUCGGACACCAUCCCGAAUUGGAUCUGGAGUAGUUUCUCUUCACUAACGUUCUUGAACAUAUCCCAUAAUAACAUUGUCGGAAAAUUGGGAGAUGUUAGUGUUCUUCCAUCAGGAGCAGUAUUAGAUCUAAGCUCAAACCAUUUCUCCGGGGGAUUACCUCGUAAUUUCAAUAAACCUGACUUGGAUUUCCUGGAUCUUUCAUACAAUAAUCUUUCCGGGUCUCUUGAUCAGUUCUUGUGUGAUGGCAUUCAAGAAUCGCGACAACUAAGAGUUCUUAAUCUAGCCAACAAUAACAUGUCAGGUGGUCUCCCGAAUUGUUGGAUGAAUUGGGAAUCUUUAGUAAUCUUGAGCCUAGAGAAAAACAAGUUAUCUGGUAAAAUCCCAUCAUCUUUGGGAAAUAUUCCUACCCUGGAAUCACUAGACAUGGGAAAUAACAAGUUGUCGAAUGAAAUACCAAUGUCUUUAUUGAAUUCCAAAAACCUGUUGAUUGUUGAGCUUGCCGAAAAUGAACUCACUGGGAGAAUACCGACAUCAAUAGGAAGAAAUGAUGCAAGUUUAAAAAUUCUCAGUCUACGUUCCAACGGAUUAGAAGGUGAAAUCCCGAGUGAAUUAUGUCGUCUCACUUCUAUACAAAUCUUGGAUCUUGCUGAUAACAAUCUUUCUGGGUACCUACCGAAAUGCUUUACAAACUUCAGUGUCAUUUCUAGAAAAGAAACGUCCAGUCCGAUUGUUCUUUACGAUUCUCUUUUCCAGAAUCAACUUCUAGGCAGUGCCACGUUGGUGACAAAGGGACGAGUUUCUUCAUAUAGCACCAUUCUUUAUCUAGUGACAACAUUAGACCUUUCGGAUAACAAGUUUUCUGGUUCGAUUCCUGAUGAGCUUAUGGCCCUUUCAGGGUUACGCUACCUGAAUCUUUCUCAAAAUCGAUUAACAGGAAACAUUCCCAACACUUUUGAUGAAAUGAGAGAGCUCGAGUCUUUGGAUUUGUCUGUGAACCAUCUUGAUGGAAAGAUUCCUUUGAGCUUGGCUGGGUUAACGGCUUUGAGUUUGUUGAACGUAUCAUACAACAAUCUUACAGGAACAAUCCCGACAGGGCGUCAGCUUCAAACCUUCAAUGAAUUUAGUUUCAUUGGAAAUCAUGCACUUUGUGGGGCUCCUCUUCCAGGGUGUCGACAAAAAAUUGAUGAUACAAAGGGAGCUAAUGACGAUCAUGGCGAACCUGAUGGCACUGAUUGGAUCCUAGUGAUAUGUAUGAUCGUUGGAUUGGCUGUUGGUUUCUGGAUCACAAUUGGCACGUUGAUUGUCAGCAAACGACGUAGAGAUGCAUAUUAUCAUUUUCUAGAGGAAAUGGGGAUCAAGCUUGCAAAUUUCAUUCUUCUCGUAUCCAUAUAUCGCCGAAGAAUUAUGGACAAAUAGGAACAUGACGAAUGAGGCCAAUAGAAGAUCAACUUAAAAACGGAUGUAAUUUUUGAUCCGUAAGAAAUUUCAAGUCCCUCAAACUCCACUGUUUAGGCAUCUAAAUCUCUCUC